GGGAGCUGUAACCAUCUCACCACUGAAACUAUUACUUUUCCAAGAUCAGAAAAGUAAUACUUUAGCAGGAAUCAUUUCUUUAUUCUGAUAAGAAUUAAAGCUUUGACAUUGUAAACCACAGACGGGUUGGAGCCUGGCAUUGAAAGGAGGUGUUCAACAACGUUUAUUGUUUUCUCCCUGUCUGAAGAGGUUGACUACUACAGGAGGGGCUCUGAAAAAUGACAGGAGCAAAGAGGAAAAAGAAAAACGUUCUGCGGGGCAAGAUGCAUCCCCCCCACUGGGAAGACAUUAAACAGUGGUGGAAGAGGCGCCUACCUAUUUUGGAAUGGGCUCCACAGUACAACCUGAGGGAAAACCUGCUUCCAGACACUGUGUCUGGGGUUAUGUUGGCGGUUCAACAGGUGACACAAGGGCUGUCCUUCGCUAUUCUUUCAUCUGUACACCCAGUUUUUGGUUUAUAUGGAUCUUUGUUUCCAGCCAUCAUUUAUGCCAUAUUUGGAAUGGGACGCCAUGUUGCCACAGGCACCUUUGCCUUGACAUCCUUGAUAUCAGCCAAUGCUGUUGAAAGGCUAGUCCCUCAAAGCAGCAGGAACCUCACCACACAGAACAACUUCAGUGUGCUGGGCUUAUCUGACUUUGAGCUACAGAGAAUCGGGGUUGCAGCAGCAGUUUCCUUCUUGGGAGGAGUAAUUCAGAUGGUUAUGUUUGUGCUGCAGCUGGGCAGUGCCACGUUCCUAGUUACAGAGCCUGUGAUCAGCGCCAUGACCACGGGGGCCGCCACCCAUGUUGUGACUUCACAAGUCAAGUAUCUCUUGGGAAUAAAAAUGCCAUAUAUAUCUGGACCACUGGGAUUCUUUUAUAUUUAUGCAUAUGUUUUUGAGAACAUCAAGUCUGUUCAGCUGGAAGCGCUGCUCUUGUCCUUGCUGAGCAUUGUUGUCCUUGUUCUCGUUAAAGAGCUGAAUGAACAGUUUAAACGAAAAAUUAAAGUUGUUCUUCCUGUCGACUUAGUUUUGAUCAUUGCUGCCUCAUUUGCUUGCUAUUGUACCAACAUGGAAAACACAUAUGGAUUAGAAGUAGUUGGACACAUUCCAAAUGGGAUCCCUCCUCCCCGUGCUCCACCAAUGAACAUCCUCUCCGCAGUGCUCACCGAAGCUUUCGGAGUUGCACUUGUAGGCUACGUGGCCUCGCUGUCUCUAGCUCAAGGAUCUGCCAAGAAGUUCAAAUAUUCGGUUGAUGACAACCAGGAAUUUUUGGCCCACGGCCUCAGCAAUGUGAUCCCUUCAUUUUUCUUCUGUAUCCCAAGUGCUGCUGCCAUGGGAAGGACAGCUGGUCUAUACAGCACAGGAGCAAAGACACAGGUGGCUUGUCUAAUAUCUUGCAUUUUCGUCCUUAUAGUCAUCUAUGCAAUAGGACCUUUGCUGUACUGGCUGCCCAUGUGUGUCCUUGCCAGCAUCAUUGUUGUGGGACUGAAGGGAAUGUUAAUACAGUUCCGGGAUUUGAAGAAAUACUGGAAUGUGGAUAAAAUUGAUUGGGGCAUAUGGAUCAGUACUUACAUAUUUACAAUAUGCUUUGCUGCCAAUGUGGGAUUGUUGUUUGGUGUUGUCUGCACCAUAGCCAUUGUGAUAGGACGCUUCCCAAGGGCAAAGACUUUAAGCAUAACAAACAUGAAAGAAUUGGAAUUUAAGGUGAAGACAGAAAUGCAUGAUAACACAGAGAACUGGCCUCCUUCCGAAAGGACAAACGUCAAGGUCUUCCCAGGUAGCCUGAAAACAGGAAGUAAGGAAACCUUGCAACAGGUUAAAAUCAUCUCAAUAAACAACCCACUUGUUUUCCUGAAUGCAAAGAAGUUGAAUACUGAUCUAAUGAAAAUAAUCCUAGAGGGAAAUGACAGCAGUCACCCACUCGAUGAUGUCAACAAGUGUGAACAGAACACCUUGCUCAAUCCCCUGUCCAAUGGCAACUGCAAUGAGGAAACUUCCCAACCCUGCCCCUGUGAGAAGUGUUCUUUGGUCCUGGAUUGCAAUGGCUUGACUUUUUUCGACUACACGGGAGUCUCUACACUUGUUGAGCUUUACCUAGAUUGCAAGAGCAGGGGUGUCGAUGUGUUCUUGGCCAACUGCACAGCAUCCUUGAUAAAAGCAAUGACAUACUGUGGAGACCUAGACACUGAGAAGCCAAUUUUUUUUGACUCAGUAUCUGCUGCAAUAAAUACCAUCCAGUCAAAUAAGAAUUUGAACAAAGUCAGUGAUCACAGUGAAGUCUGAGGCCCGUGUGAUGAAGUGAACAUCUCAUCUUCAACAAAUGUCCUGAAGGGCCAGAUACUGGCAUUUUGCACACAUUUUGGUGUAUGGAUGCUGCAUAUGACCUCUAUUUCAACAAGAAUGAUAUGGGUUAUCAGCUGCAUAGCCACUGGUCAUGGCUUGCAGACCUCUUAUUCUUCUAAUCUUUCUUUAUAAACAUUCAUUCGGUUAUUUUAUAUAGGGAUCAAUAUGCACAUAACGUUAUUUUACUAAGUAGUAAAGACACUUAUUUCCUUUUAUGAGAAUAGUCUAUAUGGUCUUAUUUCUAUUUUGUUGUAUGCUAACAAACAGAGGAACAUUUUGAUCAGAAGUGGUUUGGACUAUUUAUGAGCCAUUUGUAAAAAAUUAAGAUCAUCUAAUUAAUACAUAAAAAGAAGUUAAUGAAUGUGCCGUUUUCCCAUAGUUUUUUUUACACCAAAGUUACUUCAACACUUGUAAGAUAAUGUAUCACCAUAUACAGUGAGGAAUGAAAUCCACAGAAAUAAAGCAAUUGGAAAGAAGACAAACUAGAAGAGAUUGACAUCAAUACCCAUCAACACAAUCACUCUGACAGUGUUCAUGUAUGCAACUAUGCUUUCGAAUAUGGAAGACAACUGGUGUUUUAGUAAAGCUGAGUUCUGUGAAUACUGAAUUCUUAGUUGUGAAUACUGAAAAACAUUUGGACAUACAAUCAGAUAGCUCUCAGGUCUACAUUGCCACCUUAAGAUGUCCUGUUUUCAACCAUAUUUUUAGUGCAAUCAGAGACUAUGAGAAUUCGUUAUCUAAUAUUUUUCAGAUAGGAUUUUUAGAUGACAAAAUAUCAGGAGUAGAAUGGUUUUAUGCUAUUUUGGUACAAGAUUAACUUUAGAAAUUGUCAAUUUUCUAAAUUUGAGAGACGAAUCAAUAAAAUGUAAUAGGUUAUUUAUCUAUACCAAAAUAGAUAUAUCACAGACAGAUGGCAGAUAGAUCUCCCUGGUAUAUUUCCAUUUUCUUUUGUUAGAGGUGAACUUGUAUGUGAUUAUCUGUAACUUUACAAAGACAACAGGGUAAUUGACAAUACCAAGGGGCAGAUAGAAGUGUAAACAUUAUUUUUCAUGCUUAUAUAUUUCAUUUUUAACUAUAUGCAAGUAUGCAAUUUCACAAUUUUCUAACAAAUUAACUUAUAUAAGAAGCUACAGAUUAUAGUUAUGCUUUAUUCUUAAUGGCAUUUAAACUAUUCUAGAGACUAAUACUUUAAGAAAAGCAAGGUACCACAAAGGGGGUUUGAAAAGCAAGUUAAAAAUAGAAAUUAAGUACUGUUCAUUUAGUGGUUCUCAAGGGCAUCUGUAAGAGCAAAUUUUAACUCCUGUCCAAGUGAUAUUUUGAAAUAUUCCUCAACAAGUGUGUGGUAAACAUUCAUAUGAUUCUUCAUUUUAGCAUCUCUGACUUUGGUAAGAUGAAAUAAUAAAAUUAAAAUGCCAAAAAUAGUGUUCCAAAUAGUCACUUUAAUUUCAUAAUCACUUUAAUUUUUACUGAAACAAACUAAAAAACAGUAUUGGUUCACAAAGCCAUAGUCUCCUCAUUGCUAAUUUGGUUAGUCACAAGUAAGCUGACAUAUAUGGUUUCAUGAGGAGGUCAAAGGAGAAUUGCAAAUAGCUUCCUUAUUAAAAUUAGUUUUAUUCUGCAUCAUCCAUUUGCAUUAUUCUAAAGGUGCAUGGUGGCGAUAUUCUCAAUCCAUUGGUCCCUGCCAUAUAAUCAUGAAAGAAAUGUAUUAUGGUACAUAUAAAUUGACAGUUUACUAUGAAAGUUUGGCCUAUAAUUGAGCUCAUGCAUUAUAAACAUUUUAAAUUUGUUGUAGAUUAUGGAUCAUCACUGACAUUAAAAUCAUUAUAGCUAAUCAAUUGAUGAUUUGUUCUGUUUUGUUGUUAAUGCUGAGACAGUAUUGUCUGAUAAAUUAAAUUUGAAUGUAUUUAAGUAUUUAUAGUAUAAUUUUAAUGCACAGAAAGUUAACACCAUUAAUUCCAGUGUCAACUAUUAAUGCUAUAUCCAAAGACAAGCGAGACAAAAAUCACACACUGUGUUAAGUCAACUGUCCUGUAGUUUAUUCCAAGACCACUAUGAAUGUUUACCCAAAGAAAGUCUCUUGAAUUAAUUUCUGAGAGUCUAAGAACUGCAUAUCAGUUUUAGACACCCAAGUGUUCAUUUCAAAGAAGAAGCAGAGAACAUAGAAGCUACAAGACUACUCCAGUGUUUCAAUGUUUCUAUCAGCAUACUUACCUAUUCUUAUAAGGCCAUCUAGGAAGAUAGCAUUAAAAAACAAAACUGGCCUAUACAGGUGUUGAGAACCUAAUAUGGCAGGUAUGAAAUAUGUAACUAGGGAAAGACAGUUAACUUUACCUUUAUGCAAAUUAAAUGCCCUUAAAUUUUGCCAUUUGUCUUUCAUUUUAAAGGUUAUUUGCCCUGAAUUAUAUAAUUUCAGUGUUAUAAAGCUUAGCUUAAACUACUUUACAAUAAUUUAUUUGACAGAUUUGCCAUGUAAUAUAAUGAGGAAAGAGAUCUUUCUUUUUUAAUGAAAACAUUAAUGUGUUAAUAUCCCAUAUGAGUAAUGCUUGACAUUUAAUGCUUGUCGAAAUAUGUUGGUAUGUUGCUGAACAUACAUACACCUCUGAAAUGUCAAUUGUGUGUUCUGUGGGUUGAUCUGAUUCAGUACCAAAUAUGUUUUUUGGCAGUGAGUUUGUUGCCAGAUAGAUUUUAAAUAGGGAGUUAAGUGGUGCUUUCUCAAUCCAAAGACUUGUAGUUAGAAAUCAUGUAUUCUAAUAGGCUGCACUUAUUUUUAUAUUUAUCCAUGCACUUAAUUAUUGUUUUUAUAGUUAUUUGUACUAACUCAGCAUGUAACAGCCAAUUUACAUGGAAAUAAAUUGAAAUACGAUAAGUACAA